AUGCACAGCACCUUGAGCUCUCUCACCUCUUCCUCUCACCUCGCCCUCUCACCUCUUCCUCUCACCUCACCCUCUCACCUCUUCCUCUCACCUCGCCCUCUCACCUCUUCCUCUCACCUCGCCCUCUCACCUCUUCCUCUCACCUCGCCCUCUCACCUCUUCCUCUCACCUCGCCCUCUCACCUCUUCCUCUCACCUCGCCCUCUCACCUCUUCCUCUCACCUCGCCCUCUCACCUCUUCCUCUCACCUCGCCCUCUCACCUCUUCCUCUCACCUCGCCCUCUCACCUCUUCCUCUCACCUCGCCCUCUCACCUCUUCCUCUCACCUCGCCCUCUCACCUCUUCCUCUCACCUCGCCCUCUCACCUCUUCCUCUCACCUCGCCCUCUCACCUCUUCCUCUCACCUCGCCCUCUCACCUCUUCCUCUCACCUCGCCCUCUCACCUCUUCCUCUCAUCUCGCCCUCUCACCUCUUCCUCUCACCUCGCCCUCUCACCUCUUCCUCUCACCUCGCCCUCUCACCUCUUCCUCUCACCUCGCCCUCUCACCUCUUCCUCUCACCUCGCCCUCUCACCGCCUCACCGCGCCCUCUCACCUCGGCCUUUCACCUCGCCCUCUUAACUCGCCAUCUCACCGCCUCACCUCGCCAUCUCACCAUCCCACCACCUCACCUCGCCAUCUCACCAUCUCACCACCUCACCUCGCCAUCUCACCAUCUCACCACCUCUCCUCGCCAUCUCACCAUCUCACCACCUCACCUCCCCAUCUCACCAUCUCACCGCCUCACCUCGCCCUCUCACCUCACCGCCUCACCUCGGGGUCAGCAUUGA